AAUAGCCACUUUCACAAGAAACUGUCUUAAACAGUCAAAGAGCACAAAAAAGGGAACUGGUUUAAACUGACAUUUUAAGAGGUUGCUAGGAGACCACUGCCAACACAUCCGUGCGGAAAGAUGUCGACUAGUUACUCUGCAAACCAGUAUGAAAGCGCCUUUAGGUCGCAAAAGCUCCAGAAUUGGACCGUCCCAAAACAUUUCAAGGAGAGACCAUCAGCAGCAGAAGGCCACACUACAUUUAUAGCCACAGACCGUGGCCAUCUUCUACCUGGUGUGAGAAAAAAGAGUGGAAGUGCAUGGCCAGCAUUCCAAGGCACAUGGGAUUUACCUCGCCAAAUCCCCCCUGCUUCCAUAAACCCCACUGCCCGCUCACAAGAGGGACAGGAUCGCCUCCGGACCUGGGGAAGGAUUAAAUUUGCCACAAAUCAGGCUCAUGAGGCUAUCAGCAGAUCCUCUCACAAUGUGUUGGAAAACAUAAAUGUGGAACAGCCUGCCGAAGAGUCAAAAAUACCUGCGAGUGACCUAGACCAAAAUGAGAGGCCCAAAUCACAGAAUAGCCAAGAUAAGUCUAGACCAACAAGCCAACAAGCCCAGUCUAACCCAGUAAACCUUGAUGAAAACCAAGUCCAAUCUAGACCAGGAAGUCACCACAGCCAACAGUCUCCAUCCAGACCAGCCACUCAGGAAAGCCAAGCUGAGGUGAGACCACCAACCCAGAACAGCAGACCAGCAUCUCAGCAGAAAUAACACCAAUUUUAAUCAGAUCCCCUGCAUGGGCAGUUAUAAAAGUUCUUCCACGAAAUGGCAUUAUAUAAGUGUAACACUUCUUUGAAAAACACUUACUUUACAGAUAUUAUUUUUGUGUUUCUGUUGAUUUAUAACUGUGCUCUCCGUUUGUGCACAAUGCGUGUGUGUGUGUGUGUGUGUGUGUGUGAGAACACAUUAACUGAAUUGUUUCAAUGAAGCUAAAGCUGAUUAGUUUUACUAAAUGGCUUUUGUAAUGGAAUCUGCUUAGAUGAAAUGCUGCCUGAGUGCAGGGUCAAGUAUCACCAGAAAAUAUAACAGAGUACCUUAAUAUCUGUAUUUUAAUAAUAUUCUUAAAAAAGAUAAAAACAUCAUUAGAGAUUUGUUAAUAUUUUUUCUUUAUUUGCUCAAUAAUGCACUGACAAACCUGUAGGGCCCAUACAACACAAAAUCAGCUUGAUUCACUAGUCAUCGGUUAAUUUUUGUGGUGCCUGAAAGCAAAUGAGUGAUUUUGGUAGCAGACACUGAAAGCCUGGGAAACCAAAGUUGAACUUACAGGGAUGGUUCAACCAAAAAUUAAAAUUCUGUCAUUGUUUACCCAUCCUCAUGUCAUUCCAAACCUCUAUGACUUUCUUUUUUCUGUGGAACAUAAGAAGGUAUUUUCAAUUUUGUCAAUGGUCACCAAAAUUGUCUGGUUACCAACAUUAUUCACAAUAAUAGUCAGUCAGUCAUACAGGUUUGGAACAACAUGAGGGUCAGUAAAUGAUGACAGAAUUUACAUUUUUGGAUCAAUUACCCCUUUAUGAAUCCCUCUAAGUCAGUCACAGGUCCUUAGGUGAAGGCCCAGGACUCUUGUUAAAACAUUUUUCCACUCUCCGUUGAUAAACGUUCAAUAAAACAGCUGCAUGGUCAACUCACAAUGUUACAAUGUUGUCGAUGUGUUUAUUUACAAGAUAACUCUUCAGUAGUAAUAUCAGUGGCAAACUUCAAUGUAACUCACACAGAUGGAAAUGCAGAGCUUCAGAGGAUCCAUAAUUUAUAUAUAUAUAUAUAUAUAUAUAUAUAUAUAUAUAUAUAUAUAUAUAU